AUGCAUCUUAUACAAAAGUCUAUCACUGCAUUUCUGCUGCCCCUCCCUCUAGCUGGGUUUAUCAAGUCGCCCAUGUCAGAAACUAAACUCACAGGGGAUGCCUUUGAGCUGUACUGUGACGUGGUUGGGAAACCCACUCCAGAGAUCCAGUGGUGGUAUGCUGAAGUCAACCGGGCUGAGUCUUUCAAACAGCUGUGGGAUGGUGCUUGGAAGCGCCGUGUCACCAUUAACACCGCCUACGGGGCGAACGGUGUGAGUGUGCUGAGAAUAACCCGCCUUACAUUGGAAGACUCUGGGACUUACGAGUGCAGGGCCAGCAACGAUCCCAGGAGGAAUGACUUGAGGCAAAAUCCCUCCAUAACGUGGAUUCGAGCCCAGGCUACAAUAAGCGUCCUUCAGAAGCCCAGGAUCAAUGCCAGCGAGGAAGUGACCAUUCACCAGUCUAGUUCUCCCAUCAUCCUGCAAUGUAACCUCACCACAAGUCCCAGCCUCCUCACUUACAGCUAUUGGGUGAAGAAUGGGGAAGAAAUUUCUGGCACUAAGAAGAAUUCCAACACCACAGAGCACAAAAUUUUGAAACUCCGAGCAGACGAGUCGGGGGAAUACUUAUGUGUGUUCGUGUUUGCUAACUCGCCUGUAGCCAAUGCCACUAUAGAAGUGAAAGCUAGUCCUGAUAUCACUGUCCACAAGCGAAGUGAGAACAAAAAUGAAGGGCAGGAGGCGGUCAUGUAUUGCAAGUCUGUGGGCUUCCCCCAUCCCGACUGGGUGUGGCGCAAGAAGGUCAAUGGAGUAUUUGCGGAAAUCAACAACUCCUCUGGCCGAUUCUUCAUUACAAAUAAAGACAAUUACACUGAGCUGAGUAUCACAAACCUCCAGAUAAGUGAGGAUCCCGGCGAGUAUGAGUGCAAUGCAACCAAUAUAAUUGGCUCUACCUCUGCCACCACCAUCCUGCGAGUGCGCAGCCACUUGGCCCCUCUCUGGCCCUUCUUGGGGAUAUUGGCAGAGAUUAUCAUCCUUGUUGUUAUCAUAGUGGUUUAUGAGAAGAGGAAGCGGCCAGAUGAAGUCCCAGACGACGACGAACCAGCUGGGCCAAUGAAAAGCAAUUCUACAAACAAUCACAAAGAUAAAAACUUACGCCAGAGAAACACAAAUUAAAAAUAAUGCGUAUAAUAGCUUUAAGUUUCUGAGAGACUGAUGGCAAUAUAACCUGCUAAAUUAAUGGUUGGAACUCUUGGUUCUAGAACUCCAGUUCUAUUUGAUUUUUCCUUUCAAGUGAGCAACAAUAUGACUGUCUAAAAAAGCAUGCCUUAUUUAGCCUGUCCUGUAAGGAUGACGUACCCAGACACAUUUUAACAAUGCUUCAGUGUAGAAGGUGUAAACUAUUUUGGGCUUGAUGUGCUGUGAAUGUUGCUUUUUUCCCUUAAGGUAUUUAAACAUUAGAAGUAAAGUCAAAUCAUGCAUGCGCCAUUUUUUACUUUCUUAAUGUAGCUGUUAAAUUGGCAAAGCUCUAAAAUGCACUGCUGCCAUCUAGUGAUAACUUUUUGUAAAGUACAGCAAAACCUAAAAAUAUAUACAGUAUAUAUUUAUAUUUUUUGGGAAGAGGAAAACCAAAAUACAGUAAGUGUUUCAUUUUUAAGCUGCUGAUAUUCAUUCCUUAUAUUGUAUGUCUGAGAGAUGAGAGAAUUAUACUGUUCUGGUACUUAAAGAGGAGUAAUAUAAAUUGAAAUUAUUUUAAGGGCUUAACCUAUAUAGAAAGAUUUGGGUGUCCUGUAAUCAAAGACU